AAACAUGAGAUAUUGACUAUAGCAAUAAACUAAUGAGUUUAAUGAUGCUGCAUCACUUACAUCCCCAUCAUCGCUAUUAUCAUCAUCAUCAUCGCUCUCAAUUUAGUUUAUUCAAGACUAUGAAGACAUUGAGCAUGGAAAGGCAUCCAAGAGGACCACAUGCAACCUGACAAUGAAGAGCAUACUACGUCUUAAACGUUCUCUUCAUUGAAUUCCAUACGACAAUGUCGUCAUUUUCACCUGUAAAUGAAUCGCCAGCCGAGUCGGUCCAACUCCCAGCUGAAUACCUGGUUGAUGGGGAUGAAUGGAUGAAGUUUAAUGUUGGUGGUACUAUGCUGGAGACAAUGAGAGCAAACAUAGACAAGCUUCGAUCAUCGUUCUUUGCCCAACUCCUUGAUCGAGGUAUAGGUGAUGACCACGCCCCUAUCGAUGUGAUCUAUCGUAUCGACAGAGACCCACAAGCUCUCCAGGUCUUUUUCAACUACGGACGGUACGGGAAGAUCGUGUCUGUACCGGAGCACAUCAGUGAGAGUUUUCUCCUACACGAACAUAAAUUCUAUGGCAUGCAAAACACGAUAGCCAACGCCGUAAGAACCUACUUUGUGGAAAGAAGUAAAGGUCCCAUGUCAAUACAGUUAGAGAGAGUAACAAUCACAGAAUUGGCCAUGGAUAAGAAAUACCUUCACCACAAUGUAUAUGGUAUCAUCAGAGGGACACAGCUAUGUUGCUUCACCAAUGUUCUUGGAAAAGGCGUCUGUUACAAAGAUGUCGGACGAUUCUUUAUCUACGAAAAACCUCAUGAAAAACGUGAGAAUGAAACUGCUUUGUUCAGAACCAACUGUUGGCGAUGCAAGCACAUCGUCUGUCUAGCUGACGACGCUCUCAUUGGCCUAGAAGGCUGGUGUCACAAGUGUUCUCUUUGUCUCCGAUGUCAAGAUAUUUUGUGCGAAUCGUCAAGCAAAAGAGACAACGUAGACGAUCCCGAUAGUUAUCCGAAUGGAAAUGCAAUCGUCCGAAAGACAGCUUCUGCUGUAUUUGUUUCGAACACUUCACCUAAUGUGUUGACCCUAGAACCUUCAUAUAAGGAAGCGGUGAGUGAUGAGGAUGAUGACAAGGAAGUCGACCUUCGUGUCAUGAUCACAGACCCAUUAGCAGAUAUGGCAUUGAAAAACAAGCAGAAAGGUGUUUCUGGGAUGUCAUCCAAGAAAUUCUCUUUGAUCCCUCCGGAAGAUGAAGGAAGCAAACUAAUUGAACCCCAAAACAACAGAUUGAAGUUGCCCAAGAUACAUGCCUCGAAAGCGGUGCCAGCGGGGUCUGGGAUUUCGAUAGCAAAAGGCAUGAGAUAUAUGAGACGAAAUACUGAACCAGCUGCUUUAAAUAUUGAUCAGUUUGCAAAUUUUUUAGAUCGUGGGGAGUGGUGAAAGUUUGGUUUUAAGCUAAAGACGAUCUAAAAAAAAUGGUUUAAGCUACAUAAAAGUGACCGCACCGAGUGAGGUAAAAUAAACUUUGUCUUGUUGGUACUUAUUACUUUGCUUGCUGAUUCCGUUUGUCUUAUCCAUCCCGAAACUUUACAAUUGUGCAGUGGGCAAAGAACUAUGUAAAUAUGUAUAUAUAUAUCAUAUAUACAUUUUUUGGCAUAUAUAUAUAUAUGCCGGGAAUCGAAACCGGGCCCCCAGCUUUGAACGCCGGUGCCUUAACCACUAGACCACAGAGACGGGUUAGUGGCUAGGGCGACCCCGAUCCGAUUGACCGUCAGACAGACAUAUUUUCGACACUAUACCAAUUAUAAUUUCCUUUAUCGGGUGAAGGUGGGUUAGCCGCCAUGCCUCAGCUGGAUCAAAGGUAUUGCUUUGAUACAGUACACGUAUGGGAGAAAGUAUACAAAUGUGUGAAGUUAUAAAUGUACAACAGCUUUGGCAACACUUUUAUUUAGAUAUUGUGUAAAAGAAAUGGAUCAAGAGAACAAUGGUAGGCGUAGCUUAAAUAAAGGUUCCCCAGAUCACCAAUCACCAAUUUUUCCAAAGGGUAGAUAGCUCUGGGGAACCUUCAGGCGCUCUAUGCCCAAGGUACGAGGAUGCGUUUCUAUGCCUAUAAUUUUGAGACCCCAUCCCACGAUGUCUUACGUAAUUCAGCAACCGGUGAGGAGUAAUGAGUACUCUUUCGACCAACCAGGAAAAUGGCGACUCCGCGGAGGUGACCCAUUUAAUUUUGAGUCCUCAUCCCAUCGCAACACCUCUCGUAACUUAACCAUUGGUCACGCUGGUGUGGAGUUUUAAUUUCCCCGGCUAGCUCUACGAACCAAGGUCAGUUUCAGUCUUCUGUAGAAUUAUAUCAACACAUUGUUAUUAUGUAUAUUUUUCUACCUCCGUCUUUUCUUACCGCUUUUCAUAUCGAUCGCUUGACUUCAUCAUACAUCACCUUAGACAGCGAAGUGAUUAACUUCAGUUUUUAUUUUUAACUAGUUGAAAACCCAUGGCUUUGAAAUUUUAUGGAUUGCUAUACACUUUGGCAACUGCGAUCUCGGUUUUUUGCAAUACGUUUGUUCUUAUAUCACACGAAAUCAAUGUCUGCAGUCUUCUUUUCGCAUGUUUUUUCUAGUGUUUGCGCAUUCAUGUGUUUUCUUUCAGGCAAGGCCUUAUUUUGAACUUUUGAUGAUAAUGUCGAAUCUUUUACUUUAAACGAGAAAAGUUUAUAUAUUUUGAUGGUCAAUACGAUUUUUCGUUGAUAAUUAUUCAAUUCCUUAGCUUGGAUUCAAUAAUUCCCUAAAAUUUCGAAUCCUGAAAGUCGAUAUUUCAUUUCAAACUUGUACCAAAUUGUAUUUCCUCUCAGCCGUAUGGCAACAAUUGUACCUCUUGACAUUCAUCCAUUGUUUUCAUCACCCUUCGUAAUAGAUGGCGUUUACUUUUCUCAUUGUCGUUAUUUAUUUUACAAGUUGGAAACCA